AUGACCCCAUUGAUUGCUUUUCUGGCACCCAGCGAAAGAGUUGAGAUAUGUGGUGACCAAAUUUUACGCGAUUUGAACGGCACCUAUAAGGCAGGUGACCAGCCUCUCAAUUACGUAAAUCAUUCACCGGAUCUAGAUCAAGCCUCCAGUCCUUCAUCUUCAGGGAGCACAGACCUGGCCAGAACAACAAUACUGUAUCUUUAUUUUCCACAAUUAAAUCCCGAGCUUCCGGUGGUAGACAGGUUGCGCGGUAGCGUUUCCAUUCAAAAUAGGUCAUCCGUUGUCGGUCUCGUUGUUUGGAUGGCGAUCAUCCGGGUCUUCUCCGGCAAGCAGGAGAGCAUAAUGCUCUUCUUUCCCCCCAACGUGCCUCUCGGCGUCAUGGAUGCCAAGGAAAUCAUACCUCCACCGAUUGCCGAGUAUCUUAAUGCACUGGCGACUAAGCUGAUAAUAUCAGCCUGGUCCUUGUAUGCACUGUUUCCUACGUCGCUGUCAGGGUCCAUAUCCAAGAUGUCAUGCCUGAAUUAG